UUACUAUUCUUCUCCCCAAUGGAUAAUCAAGGAGUCACGGCAGACCCUCAACUGCAGCAGUUUAUCGAGGUCGAGUCUCAAAAGCAGAGGUUUCAGCAGCUAGUUCAUCAGAUGACAGAAGUGUGCUGGGAGAAGUGCAUGGAUAAGCCUGGUCCAAAGCUCGACUCUAGGACAGAGGUGUGUUUUGUAAACUGUGUGGAACGAUUCAUCGAUACAAGUCAAUUCAUCCUCAACAGACUAGAGCAAACUCAGAGGAGUAGAGGAACAUUCUCAGAGACCAUGACAGACUAGUAGAACUUAAGCCACUUAUUGAGGCUUUGUCAUGCCAACAAGAACUGUGAGGCAACCGCUAUAUACAGGAUUCAGUAAAUUUCUCAAAGACAAAAGUGCCUCUUUUUGUUCUUUUUAUUAUUUUGAAGGCCAUAUAUUUGAAAUUAUAUGGAUGCAUGUACAGUCUCAUAGCAAGCCCUUCUUUUUACCAUCGAUGUUAUUGACAUUUCCCAGUUCUAAGACUUUGGUAUGAAAUUAAGUACACAUUUUGGAACAUCAUCUGAAAAGGUCCCUUUGUACAGAUCUGAUCUGGAAUUGAGGAGGAGGCUCUGCAUUUCACUUUCGUCAGAGUACAUACCAAGUAUACAAUUCAUCGUCGUACAGGGAAAGUUUCAAGAUUUGUGGCUUAUUUAGUGUCUGUUGAAAUGUGAACUUAAAAUAAAAAGAUGACAUGCUUUCUGCA